AGAAAUCCAGAAUGGCUACUCUGAUCUUUGUUGAUAAGGAAAAUGGAGAACCAGGCACCCGUGUGGCUCCUAAGGAUGGGCCGAAGCUGGGGCCUGGGCCUUCAGUCAGAGCCCUAGAUGGGAGAUCUCAGGUUUCAACACCCCGCGUUGGCAAAAUAUAUGAUGCUCCACCAGCCGUACCUAGAGCUGCCAGAAAGGCUUUGGGAAUUGUCAGCAGAGCUACAGAAAAGUCAGUAAAGACUAAUGGACCCCUCAAACAAAAACAGCCAAGCUUCUCUGCCAAAAAGAUGACUGAGAAGACUGUUAAAGCAAAAAGCUCUGUUCCUGCCUCAGAUGACAUCUAUCCAGAAAUAGAAAAAUUCUUUCCCUUCAAUCCUCUAGAUUUUGAGAGUUUUGACCUGCCUGAAGAGCACCAGAUUGCACACCUCCCCUUGAAUGGAGUGCCUCUCAUGAUCCUCGAGGAGGAGAGGGAACUUGAGAAGCUGCUAGAGCUGGGUCCCCCCUCCCCUGUGAAGAUGCCCCCUCUGAUGUGGGAGUCUACUCUGUUGCAGUCUCCUUCAAGCAUUUUGUCAACCCUGGAUGUUGAAUUGCUACCUGUUUGCUAUGACAUAGAUGCUUAA